AUGACCCCUCAUUCUUCUCCACGGACUGGACGCUAGGGAAGCAACAAGMUUGAUUGAAUCACAUAGCCUAUGCUACAAUAACGAGACGGCUAUUUGUCCGUUUAUCCUCAGAAGCAAGCCGUGCAUUUGGUGAGUGAGAGCUGUGGAGGGGAGAUGUCGGCCAUGUACAAAGACGACCAGGAUGACUGGAUGACCGUCUGCCUCAAAUACCUCCUCUUCGUCUUUAACGUCCUCUUCUGGGUUGGUGGAGCGGCGGUGAUGGGCGUGGGCAUCUGGACCCUGAUAGACAAGAGUGACUACCUGAGCCUGCUGGCCUCCAGCACCUUCGCCGUGUCCGCCUACAUCCUCAUCCUGGCCGGGGCCCUGGUCAUGGUCACGGGCUUCCUGGGCUGCUGCGCCGUCAUCAGGGAGCAGAGGAGCUGCCUGUCCACGUAUUUCUGCUGUCUGUUAUUGAUCUUUCUCAUAGAGCUGGUGGCAGGAGUCCUGGCCUACGUGUAUUACCAGAGGCUCAGUGAGGAGCUGAAGCAGCACCUGAAUGAGACCAUGACAGAGAACUACGCCCAGCCAGGGAAAGAGGCCAUCACCCUGGCCGUGGACAGACUACAGCAGGACUUCAAGUGCUGUGGCAGCAACAACUCGUUUGAUUGGCUGCAUAGUGUGUACAUGAGCUCGGCUGUGUCGGAGGGCAGGGUGGUCCCGGACAGCUGCUGUAAGACCAUCACCUCCCUCUGUGGCCACAGAGACCACCCCUCCAACAUCUACAAGACUGAGGGUGGCUGCAUCACCAAGCUGGAGCAGUUCCUGGCUGACCACCUGCUGAUCAUUGGAGCUGUGGGGAUAGGAGUGGCCUGUCUACAGAUCUGUGGGAUGRUGUUCACAUGCUGCUUACACAGAAGGAUUAAGUUGGAUCCUUACUGAACCCUACCGUCAAGCCCCCCCAACACCAUCCUGCCUCAUGGGCCAGGGAGCAACGAUGCCUGCUGAACACUCAACCUUGACCUCUAACCCCUCCUAACCUCUGAACCUUACGAUCCAACCCUGCCUGGACCCUCCUGGAUCCUUCUGCACCCCUCCCUUGGCUUGGAUGCAUGCACAGCCCCCCCCCCCGCUCUCAAAGACAAGGCCAAUGAAGAAGAGGUGAUUUGGUAUUAUGGUAUUGUUAUUUUCUGUAGUAAGCCUACUGCUGUUUAUGUAAGGUAGUUCUUACUGUAUGUUGUCAAUACAGUCAAAUCCUUGCUGUAGAUUUCACAACAUUCCACACAACUGGAAGGCAAACCGAAGUGGUUGUGACUGAGAAUCAAGUGUACUGUACACACUCUCAUGGUGUUGCUGCUUACGAAGGUUUAUUCAAUUAGUGCUAUAUCCAGUGUGUCACGGAUGUGGCCCACAACGUGCCUCUGUCAUCAUUUUUUAUCACGCAUUCUUUGAUAGCAAUGUUACACUAAUUUAAUGGUUCACCACAAAGGGAAUCGCAUGGUCAUCGAUGUUUGAUCUACGUCAUAAAGAAAACAAUCAUGAGUUGAUUGAUAUCCACAGAAUAAUCAAGCAGAUAUGGGGAAAACCUCAACUUGAAAUGAAUGAAAAUAGCACUAAACGCUGCUAAGAGUAACGUUGCAACAUUUCUGUAUGUGUUGCCUCCGUAGUUUGACUAACACAUCUGGUUCUGUGUUGUAUGCUAUGCUAAAGGUGUUGAUAUCGGC